GAAUUCCUUUGAAUUGACGCAGUGUUCAAUUUAAUGAUAAUAUAUUUUGCUCAUUAUUUUCAUCAUUUCUUGUUUAUGUAACCGUUAUUCAAAACUCAAAUGUAAUCAUUCAAUUGUUGAACCAACAACGAGAUACUUCUGUUUUUUGGAGCUGCACAUUUUUAAAUGUGCUUACCCUGAUCAUGUAAUCUUACAUUGUGACUCAACUUAUAUCACUAGUUCAUUGCAAUCAACUUAUAUCAAAAUAACCUGUUGAUUGCUGGAAAACAAUUAAGCGAAAGCAAAAAGUGGAUAACCAAUUUGAUUGGAACACCAAGAUCAAUUGGAUAGAAUAGGAAUCGACGCAUCAUCAUCGUUCUCAUCAAAAGUUUCAUUAAUUGAUCACACAACGAAAUGGGUUCAUCUAUUUAUCAAAUGUCUACGAGAUCGAAGCCAUGUUGGUCAAAGAUAUCAACAUUGUGUUUUCUUUUCACCUUUUUCUCAUUUGUGCCUUCACUUUUAACCAGCCAAAUACCAGUGAUUACCAGUGAUCAAUCCAAUGCUAUUACACCUUUAUCACCUUCAUCACCAUCCUACCAAUCAACAACAUUGGGAUCUAAUUCAGCUCUGUUUGCUGUAGAAACCGCUGAGUCGCCAAAAAAUUCAGCAAAUGUUCUUUUGGCUCCAUCAAGUUAUACUCAAUCCUCUGAAUGUGCAUUAAUUUUACAGCGAACCUACGUUGUUAAUCUUCCUUCAGAAUCAACUCGAAGUCCACUUUUUGCCGGAUUCCUAAGUGUCAUUAAACAACCUGCUCAAUUUACUCCAGUACCAACUGGUAAACAAGAAGAAUUGUGUAUUCGUUAUGUAGAUGUUGAAACUGCAAUCCAGGAGGCCAAAUACCGACGUAAUUACAUCAGACCCAAUGGUCUCAACUCGCUUGAACCAUUACCACCAAUUAUAUCACAAACUGCUGAGCUCGCAUUGGAAGUUACCAGAGUUCUGGCUACACAAUUCAAAUUAUCUCCUGAUGAGAUUCUUAAUGGCUUACCAUUGAUCGAUCUUUCACGAACAACACUUUGGGAAGAAUGUCCAGCUCAUGUUAAACCAAUUCCAUGUACAAUUGAACGCUACCGAACCUUUACUGGACACUGUAAUAACCUUAAAACACCUUCUUGGGGAGUCACAUUUACACCUUUUGUCCGAUAUCUUCCUCCAGUUUACUCAAACGGUAUUGAUGGUUACCGUGUUUCCGUUGUUGAUGGUUCACCACUUCCAAGUGCUCGUAUGGUUACUGCAACUGUUCAUCGUGAUGUUGACAGACCUGAUUCUGAUUUGACUAUUUUAAUCAUGUCUUGGGGACAAUUUAUUGAUCAUGAUUUAACUUUAGCAGCACCUCCAAGAGAUGAAAAUGAUCUCGAAUUUGAUUGUUGCGAGCUUCGUGAACGAGGAACUGACCAUCCAUUAUGUGCACCAAUAAUAAUUCCUGAUGAUGAUCCAUUGUACAGUCCAUUUGGAAAACGUUGUCAUGACUUUAAACGAUCUGUUGCUGGCCAUCGUCCAAACUGUGCUCUUGGACCUCGAGCUCAUAUUAAUACAUUAUCAUCGCCAAUUGAUGCCAAUUUCAUUUAUGGUUCAAGUGAUGCUUUAGCUCGUCGAUUGAGAGCAUUUAAAGGAGGUUUAAUGAAGGUUUGGGAUCGAUUCAAUGCUUAUGGACUGAAGCCUUUACUUCCACCUGAAAGUGAUAAUCCUGAGCGUGAUUGUACUGCCAGACCUCGCCACUUAUUUUGCUUUAUUGCUGGAGAUGAGCGAGUUAAUGAACAAAUUCAUUUGACUGUUUUGCACACUUUAUAUGUUCGUGACCAUAACCGAAUUGCCACUGCCUUGGCUGAAUUGAACCCUCAUUGGGAUGAUGAAAAGCUUUUCCAAGAAGCUCGCCAUAUUAUGGCUGCUUCAGUUCAGCACAUCACAUUGAAUGAAUUUUUGCCCCUCUUAUUGGGAACCGAAAUGGUUGAAAAGUACAAUAUAACUGUCCAAGCAGAGGGUUAUCGUGAUGAUUAUGAUGCCAAUGUUCACAUUGGACCUUCUCAUGCUUUCCAAACGGCUGCUUUCCGUUUUGGACACACAUUUAUUCAAGGAAUGGUUCGUCGUUAUGAUAAAUUUCACCAAUUCUUGGGAGAAGAUCCUUUACAUAACCUUCUUCGUCAACCAUUCAUCGUCUAUGAACCUGGUAAAAUGGAUGAGCUUAUUGGUGGGCUCAUUAACACUCCUGCCCAAACCUAUGAUCCAUUUAUUACCCAAGAAGUGUCAGGUCGCUUGUUCCAACCUCCACAUAAACCUUUUGGCUUGGAUUUAGCAGCAAUUAAUUUGGAACGAGGUCGUGAACAUGGUCUACCCGGUUAUAAUGCAUGGAGAGAAUGGUGUGGAUUAGGUCGAGCUCAAAGCUGGCAAGAUUUGGUUCCAGUUUUACAAAAUAAUACUGCUUAUUUGUAUUCUCAAAUUUACAAACAUCCUGAUGAUAUUGAUCUUUGGUCUGGUGGAAUUUCCGAAGUAAGAUUACCUGGUGCAAUGAUUGGUCCAACAUUUGCUUGCAUAAUUGCUCAACAAUUUUCCAACAUUCGACGAGGUGAUCGAUUCUGGUAUGAUAGAUCAGGACUUCCAUCUUCAUUCACCCCUGAACAAUUGUAUGAGAUUAAAAAAUCAGUACAAUCAAAGAUUAUUUGUGAAAAUGCCGAUGAUAUUCCAACAAUCCAGACAUGGGUUAUGAGACAAGCUCAUCCUAUUUUCAAUCCUCGAGUUGCCUGUUCUGAUCUUCCGUCCAUCGAUUUGAGAUAUUGGCAAGAGGAUCCCAAUACUGGAGCAUUACUCUACAGAAGGAAAUAAUGAUUUCAAAUCAUUACCAGGAACAGGAUAAGUAACAGUGUAUUUUUACGGACAAACUAGAAACCAAUGGGUACAUUUGAGACAAAAUUGACUUGAGUAAAUGCGUUAAUGAUCACAAAAAUUUAAUUCAAUAACUUUUACUCAUGUUUGAUUGAAAAUUUAUUAUAAAUCAGCUUAGUCGAUAAUUUAUUAAGAGAUUACAAGCUAAUCUGAUUGAUCUUUUGAUUUGAUUAUGGUAUUGUCAUGAAUUGUCCUACAAGACAAUUGUGCACUUUGUCCGUAAAGAUUUUCAUUGUUAUUUAUUCUUAUCUCAAAUAAUUGUUAAUUUGUUUUUGUAAUCAAAGUUUAUAUUAAAAGUACAUGAAAGCAAAAA